CUUCAAUGACUUUGCCUGUGAACGCAACCAAGUCGGGGUUUGGGCGGUUUAGAAACACACGUUGUGUGGGCUCGAUCCUUUGUCGGUCUCACAAAUCCACAUCUGCGUAAACCCAACGGCAAUCUCAAUACACAAGUAUCAUAUGUGUGAAGCAACAACAUCUCCUCUCAGUCAGUUCUUUAGUGACCUGCUCCCCGCUCAGGUGCAACACUUGGUGCUGAUUGACGACAAUGCUGCCAUUCUCUCCCAAGGGGUCGUCCGAAGCGCUCCUCGAGCCCCAACCAAAAAGAAAGGCAAGAAGAAGAAGCAAAAGAACUUCUCCACAGAUCGAUGGGAAGGGUGUCCACUCAAAUACGCCAACAAGGGUGUCAAAUCCCUCGAGGAGAGGGCAGCUUGCUCACCACAGAGACCGCAACGGCGCGGUAGCAUGGCCAUGACUACAGAAGAUAUUCCAUCCACUCGUCGAACACGACGAUCUUGCAAACCAAGACGCAGCAUUUCUUACGAGUCACAGACGGAAUUAAAAGAUGAUGCUUUUGAAUUCCCCGCCAAGAAGAACUCGCCUCGCAUGCCACAACGGCGUGGUAGCUUGAGUAUGUCGGAAACGGCCACACCUACACAUGUGGGCCCUGCAGCGGCAUGAGUCUGCCAAUCCAAAGUGGGCAGGGGAUGAGAUACACAGUACAGAAACAUUUAGAACAUAAAGAAGAAUAGAAUAGAGCAAACAACAUACAUUACAACUCAGUUGGACCACUCAGAGU